AAGAAGUUGAAGUUCAGUGACAGCUGGGGAGCAGCAGGUUAACGUUCCGAGCCGGGCUGGUAUUGUGACGUCAGGGAGGCUGGGAUCCGCCACGUUCUAGAAUCCGUCCCUCCGCGGUGGCUCUGGGAGGAGGAGGUGGCGCUGCCAGGGGGGCGGGAGGAGGAGGAGGAGGAGGCUGAGCCCAUGCUAAGCUGAUCCGAUCCCACGUGUGACGAGCUUCUUCCCGGCUCAAUAAUAUUCUGUUAGCGGCUCCUGGCUUAGCUGCUGCCUGAUAGAGUCCUGCACACAGUCCCAGCGCUCUGCCUGUAUGUGUUUGUGUGUGUGCAUGUGCUGCCGGGGCUUCGCUAGUCUUCCCUAGUCUCACAGUUUGCUGCCUGUGCCUUGGACCUAUUCCUUCUUUUUUAUUUUCUUUUAUUUUGUAUAUAGCUUUUUAUUACUGUCAUUGUUUUCUAUUUUUGUAACUGUGUUGAGAAGGCUAUGGAGGCAGAUGGGAGCCAGGCCACCUCUGGGAGUCCGAACGAUUCUCAGCACGACCCCGGUAAAAUGUUCAUCGGCGGCCUGAGCUGGCAGACCUCCCCAGAUAGCCUCAGAGACUAUUUUAACAAAUUUGGAGAGAUCAGAGAAUGCAUGGUGAUGAGGGACCCCACCACAAAGCGAUCCAGAGGCUUCGGUUUCGUUACGUUUGCAGAUCCUGCAAGUGUAGAUAAAGUAUUAGCUCAACCCCAUCAUGAAUUAGAUUCCAAGACGAUUGACCCUAAAGUUGCAUUUCCCAGAAGAGCACAGCCCAAGAUGGUCACAAGAACAAAGAAAAUAUUUGUAGGUGGAUUAUCAGCGAACACGGUAGUAGAAGAUGUAAAGCAAUAUUUUGAACAGUUUGGAAAGGUAGAAGAUGCUAUGUUGAUGUUUGACAAGACAACAAACAGACACAGAGGUUUUGGCUUUGUAACCUUUGAAAUUGAAGAUGUUGUGGAGAAAGUAUGUGAAAUUCAUUUCCAUGAAAUUAACAACAAAAUGGUUGAAUGUAAGAAAGCACAACCUAAGGAAGUCAUGUUUCCUCCUGGUACAAGAGGACGAGCAAGGGGCCUUCCCUACACCAUGGAUGCAUUCAUGCUAGGGAUGGGAAUGCUGGGUUACCCAAAUUUUGUUGCAACGUAUGGCCGAGGAUAUCCCGGAUUUGCCCCAAGCUACAGCUAUCAGUUUCCAGGUUUUCCUGCAGCAGCAGCCUAUGGACCAGUAGCAGCAGCAGCUGUGGCAGCAGCUAGAGGAUCAGGAAUCCCAGAUUAUGGUUUCUAUACCACGCCCGGUGACCAACGGGCUACGUUAUCGUUUGCGGAUUAUGGUUCCAUGGGGCCUCGAACGGCUCAGAUGCUUCGUAGUGAGCAUGCUGCUUCGGCAAGUAAUUCCCCCCUCCAUCACCUUCCCAGCCCGGAUCAGUUUAAGAGCCCAGCAGUCUUGAAUAGCUACAGUGCUCAACCGAACUAUGGCGCACCCGCUUCCCCGGCAGGCGCCAACCCAGCUCGUCCAGGAGGAUUCCCAGGGGCAAAUAGCCCAGGCCCAGUUGCUGACCUUUAUGGAACUGCCAGCCAGGACUCCGGUGUGGGUAACUACAUUAGUGCAGCAAGUCCACAACCAGGCUCUGGCUUUAGCCAUGGAAUUGCCGGCCCUUUGAUUGCAACGGCUUUUACAAAUGGAUACCAUUGAAACGUUUCAGAUGGUUGGUUGCCAUCUCACUUUGAGAAUUUGUCUGGAUGCUCAGGCAAGACCGGGAGAAGUUUUUGAAUGUUCCCUUGUUAAGAUAAUGUCAUCGGAUCUUCAGUGUCAUCACAAGUACAAGACAUAUAUGCAGACGUAAUAUCGGAGGUGGCAUCUGCGAACUACAGUAAAUCUCGUCAUCUCAUGAACCUGCGGUGUUCAAUAAUUCACAGCUUUUUCUUUAUGAGAAAAGCAAGUGCAAAAGUCAUUUAUUGUUUUUAUUGUUGCUUGUGUUUCAUUUUUUGCCCUUUCCUUUUUAUUCAGACAUUUGGGGUUUCAGGAUCUACAGCUUGGGGUUUCCAUUUUUGCUCAAAUUCACAUGUCUGACAUUAACCAUAGUAUACAUCUUUAUUAGUGGCUAAGUUUUUGUUAAACUUUUUUUUUUUAAACAUAGUUACUAAUGCUUGUUGCAAAACGUUGAGAUUUGUAUAGAUUUUAACAGAAUUUGCAAGCAUUGGUACUCAUUAUGUUCCAAAAAAAAGUUAAAAAAAAAACCACAAGUUUAAAAAAACUAGUGUCAUGUAGGGGUGUCUGGUACUAAAGUCAAGUUUUAAUUUCAAGAUGUACAUAAUGUAAAGGAGCAGCUGACUAAAGUGAAUAGAAUUAUUUUUUUUUCUGUUUUGUUUUUGUGAUGUCUCUCUAUUUUCGGCAAUAACUUAAGGACAAGAAUUUUUUUGAGUCCUUGGUUUUCUAUAAGUGCUUUUUUCUUGUUGAAGGAGGUGAUAUUAUAAUGUUUUAUGAAGGUAAUUCUUAAAACAAAAUGCUGUAAAUAUUCUUCCAUUAACAACAUGUAAACUCUUAUGAAAGAGAUUUAAAAUACCUUUUUUUAAAAGGGCAAAAUCCUGCAGCAUCUCUGGACAGAACAGGGGAUAGAAAGUAGCGUUUUACACCCUGAAGGAGUUGCCAAGGUGUGCCCUGUUAGCUAGAUUAACACUGUUAAGCUUGUUGUGUAGAUGUUUUAGACCUGAUAACUGUACUAGCGUCAUACCAGCAUAUUACCUAUUUAAACUAUGUGCACAGCUUAAAAAAGUUUAGUUUUUCUUUUUGAGGAAAAGGAAAAACAUUUCACCCGGAUUCUAAAUGAAGCUACAUUUUUGAUAUUUAAAAAUUGAAGCACACCAUUUUGUGUUUCUUUCCUAUUUUGAAUUAGAAUAUGUAACUGUCCGGUCAUUUCAGCUGCUGUCUAGAUCCUUAUUUCUCUUCUACAGCUCCAUUUCUAAAUGUUGCCUCCAGUAACCGAUUCACGCCAUCUAAGGCAGGCAUCGUUCAAUCUGUUUCACUUCAUGACCUCUGUUUUCUCUAUUGACAAAUUAGGAAUGCAAACCGUUUGUUUUGAUACCUCAGUGCUCCAAGUAUCACAACAGAGGAGAGGAAAGAUUAAUUUAUUGUAGAAAUAAUAACAAAGGUAUACAACAUCAUUGCACUGUGACUGGUAGGGAAAACUGACGACUUCCGAUUUGCACAAGUUUAUUUGGCUGUUUUAUAUUUCAUCCUCUUUUAGGAGGCAUAUGAAGGAUAUGUUAAUUUAAUGUUUUUAAUAUCAGUUAAUAGGCCUAUAACAGAGACAUAGAAGUACAACUUGGCAUGUUUGGCAUUAAAAGCAUACUGUUGUGUGGAUAUUAUUUUACUAUAUGCCAAGUUUUUUUUUUCUUUUUCUUUGUAACUGUUACAUGUAUAAAAUUGGUACUUUUUUUGUACAGUAAGUACAAGACACUGAAUGCUACAUUUCUGAAACAAAAGCUGCUGCACUCCUAUUUUUAUAAAUGUUACUAACAGGUAGCGAUAACAUAGAAGAUAAUAGAAUCAAUAUUGCAAAUGAGCAACGGGUGGAGAAAAAAAAAUGCUCUCUUAAAAGGAACUUUUUUUUAUCUUAUUAUUUUCCACAAUUGUAAAUGAAACUCUGGAAACAAAUUUCCAUUUUGUUUCUCUAAAAAAACAAAAAAAAAGCAAAAUGCUAGUAUUUUUUUUUUAAUAUGGAAAUUUAAUCAUGUAUAAAUGUAAACCAAACAGUUCUAUUUAAAAAAAAAAAAAAGAAAAAAUGAAAAAAAAAAGGUAAAAAAAGAAAACUUUUUCCCCGGGGUUUAAUUUAAGUCCGGGGAUUUUUUUUAACAAAAAAAAUAAGAUAAAUAUUUUGUCAUUGUUGAUGAUGUACUGUACUUCCAUAUAUAUGUAUAUGUGUAUAUAUACUGUAUAUAUACAUACAUACAUACACACACAUCACAUUUUUUUCAUUCCCAGUCACCUCAUAGAAUAUUCUUUCUUCCUCCUCAAUAUAUCUUAGCAGUGUGUAUAGUGGCAAUUGUGUAAGCGUGCUGUCCUGAUGCUAAUGUACUGAAUUCAUUUCCUUCUCUUAUAGUAAUUAUUGGUAGAUGUAUUGUAAUUAACAUUAAAGAAAAAAUAGGUGUAGUUCUUCAGAUUUAGGACCAGUAAGGAUAGAACUUUCUCUAAGUUAAGAAAUAAUUUUCAGAGCAGUUUUUUUUUGUUUUUUUUAAGAUUUUUUUGUUGAUCUGAUGUGGUUUCAACUAACCAAAGGUCUCAUAACGCUACAAUGCUGGCAAACUCUAAUAGGCAUUUUGUAGAUCUCCCUACCCUCCCUUGAUUUUGAAAGGGGAAUGCCAUACUACCUUAAAUGCUAAUGCUAUAUAUGCAAAACUGGAUUUUUUUAAUUUAUUUUUUAAAAAGAGGGAGGCAUGGUAUAUAAAAUGAUUUUACUAAGAGAAAACAAAUAUUUUUUUAAGAAUGCUCAAAAGAAAUCAAUAAUCUGUGUGACUAUGUUUUAGAUGUUUAUAUAACUUUUAAAGAGUCCCAUUGGCCCAUAUGAAAUACUGUGGAACCGUUUAUGUUUUUCAAUGUGGCUACCUAGACCAAGGUUUGCUCUAGUCCCCAUUCAUGUAGUACUUCCAUGGUUUUGUAAAUGACCAUAGCACAAAGCUUUAGAGGUUUCUUUAUUUUAUUCAAGGUUGAACGGGUCGUGUCUCAUUAACCAUUAUUUUUCUGUAGCUGAAAUGAUAUUAUAAAAAAUAAACACCAUUACUUAAAUGAUAAUUGAUGAAUAAUUUAAAUACAUCCCAACAGAAGGCUAGGUUUCUGAUAUAUCAGAUAUUUUAGAUGAAACUAAUUAGCAGGUUACUUUCUGUUCACACCUUUCACCUUUACGAUAUUUACACCACUGUCACUGGUCAGUGUGACAAUCAGCAUAUACAGUCUAGGUCUGGCUUUACAACAGGACAAUAAUGUUUUUUAGAUAUUUAAAACACACACUCAUAUAUAUACUUUUAUAAAACAUUCUUUUAUUGGUGUAAAUGUAUAAAUCAUUUAUGGAAAAUUGGCCCACACUUUUAUCAUUUUUUUUAUUCUGAAAUUCUUACUUAUUGGCUAUAGGUCAUUGCUGAAGAUUGUCCAAACUGAUCAGGCAGAGAUAGAUGGCAUCUUUACAGGCAGUCUUUUACCUGUGAUGCCCCAAGGGCUCACCUGCCAGCACAGCUGUAGCACCAUAAUUCAUGCACUUAGCUCUUUGUAACCAGCUCCUCACCAGAUCAAGCCAAAUCAGGUGGAGCUAAGGUUGAAUGGAUUCUUUCCUGUGUGGGGCCUACUUUACAUCCACACAUCUACAGUAUGUUUUAAAUGAUAUAUCUCUCAAAAAUAUAUGUGUAAAGUCAUACUUUUGAAGAGGAUCAGAAAAUGCCUUUACACAAAACACAAAAUGGAGUAAUACAUUAUUUUUGAAGGCUUAAAAUAUGCUUUCUUCCAAAAAUAUAAGAAUACAAAACACUGCUAAAAUGAACACAUUGGCAGAUACAUUUUAUACAACACAGCUAGUGGCCAACAAAUAGAAAACAGUAGACACAAUGCUUAAUAUACACAUUUGACUUGUUUACUUACUCUUGUUAAGGACCUUCUACAUAGAAUAAUGUGCAGGGAAAUUUCUCUCAUGGCCAGUGGAUAGGAUAAAAUAAUGGCCUCCAAUUAGAAAAUGGAGGAUCAGUUUCAUGCUUUUGUGUGGGUUUGCAUAUAUAAUGUAAAGAUUUGUUUUAUAUUAUCAAAUUUGUCCCAGAUAUCAAGAAAAUACUAACUUUGAAAAAACUGAAUGCUGAAAAAUAUUUUGCAGAUUUAAUCAUUCAAUAUAUAAAUAUAGUGCAUUAUAAUGCCUGAGGGGCAGCUGGGCAAUGCUGCAGUUAUUGUCACUAAACUAUUCAGUAAGUAAAAAACUUUUUCCAAGCUUCUGACAUCACAGCAUCACCUUGGAGUUGAUCUUAUAUUUAACAUAUUGAUCCAUUAUGCUUAAUAAUUGCACAAGAUAGAUAUUAAAUACCCUGAGACAGUGGUGGGACAGUUUAAAACUAAGACAAUAAAACAUGCAUAGCCAUCUGCUGUAUGCUGAACCGUGCCUUUGAAUUAGCAGAUGGGUUAAACUAUUGAAAAUACUAGGAAUAAAAUUGUCUUUAAAUAGCACCUUAACUUGCUACUGAGGCAUUGUGCUUCUUAUAGCAAAAUAUCUUAUUCAAGCCUGCUUAAUUAUCUUUGGAAAAUAGUAAUGGUUUUCUACCGCUGGAGUGAAACUGAGACACACCAAUGUAGGCCUUUACUACUAAGAGACCUCUCUGUCCCAUGAAAGGGCAUACUCCUAUAAAUUUAUAGUAACCAAACUUUUUAUGUGAAAAACGGUUAGCAUAGGUUAUUCAAAAUCAUGAGUACUUCAACAUGGACACAUUGGCUCCUUGAGAAACACCUUUACAGCCAUACUUGUUAAUGUAAAAUGUAGAGAAUUUUGAAGCAACUUGAGUAAAAUAUGGCACAAGGCUGGUAAACUUCCUUAUAGAGCUACAUAGCAAGUACAAUUGCAAAAGACUUUGAUUUCUUUUGCAAAUUUACUACUAGUUCCACAGACCUGUGCCAAAAACGUCAUUGCACUACUGCAAGUCCACUGUAAUCUAUUAUAUUUGAUUAUGCACUUAAGGAAAUAGUACAUUCAGAGCAUUAACACUGAAAACUUAUGUCAAAUGGUAAGUUAAACUGAUUGUACAAACACAACUGUAAAAUUUCCUUCAAUAUACACAUUAAAUAUGUCCCCCUCCCCGUUUAAUCAAAACAAAAUUGGAGAGCUAAAAUGAGCACGAUCCCCUUGGUUAAAAUGAAGCCUGGCCUGUGUUUUUAGUUUUCCUAGGUUCCAUGAUUGUUCACAUUAUGUUGAACUUGUAGCUUGGACUUUAAGGUAGCAUGGCUCUGUUAAUGUCUUUUUCUUUGUACAGCCGUUUACAGCUGAUGAAUGAGGCACAUUGUAAUAGCUUAGUUCAUUCAUUAGGUAAUUCUUGGCAAAGAUGACCUGAAAGGUGUACUAACUUCUUUAAAAAAAAAAAAAAGUUUCUUCCCCCAUUAUCAUUAUUUGUUUUCGCUAUGAAAAUGCCAUUUUUUUUAUCCUUAAUGUGUGAAUGAGGGCUAGGGACAUAGCCACAAAAACAGAUGUUUUCAAUGUUUGCUGUACACAAAUGCAACAAGAACAAGACUAAAGCAAUAUAGUGUAUAUCAUUGGUAAUGAAAGUCAUCCGUGGUUUAUGUGUGAUGUAGUACAAUUGUUUACAAUAACACUAACACUAACUUGUAUUUAACUUGAAAAACAAAUGUUUUCGAAAAAAAAAUUGUGUGGUGUUCCUUUUAAGAGGAAUGUAUUGUGUAUGUAAACUACUCAAUCUGGUUUUCUACAGAACAUGACGGAUCUGCUCUAUCAUCUAGGGAAGGAAGUUCUAUCAACAUCCACUGGUAGUUUCAUACAGACAUGCUUUAAACAUUGUACAAACAUUCAUUAAGUGUUCAGAAUUUGACCAUAUACACCUGUUAACACUACAAGAGUUCUGUAUGUUAAGCAAUACUUCAAUAUACUGUAAAAAGAUUUACCAAAAAGUUAAAGGAAGGUAAAGUCAAUGUUGGAAAAUAAAGAAUUUCAAGAAACCAUUACCUGAGUGAGUUGCCCACCUUAAAUCACUGAACAAUCAGAAUGUACUGUUAUUGAGAAUAGUUAAUUUUCUUAAUUUAUUUUGAAGUGUUUUCUUUGAUUCUUUUUUUCUGGGGGGGGGGUUCGAUCUAACAGGGUAGAUAGAAGAAAAAUGUCACCAAUGCUUAUUGUAUACUGCACAUAGCACCCAGUGCAAGAUCUGUGUGCCUCUUUUGGAACUGGCGUGGGCUUGCAAAUCUAGAAUUGCUGUCUUCUAUGAGUUCUAGAGUCUGAGCUUUUCAUGAAAAUGAACUAAGCAUUGAUGGUGGUUCUCUGUAUCUGUUCACUAAUGAACCUUAAUGGCACUGUGGCAGACCUAGCCCUUACUUUUAUACUUUAGUAUGAACUGAUGAGAACUUUGGUAGUGACUAUUUUUUUUAUAUAUAUACAUAUGUAUGUAUCUAUAUAUAAAUAUAUAUCUCUCUCUUUCUCUCAAGCAUUGCAUCUUUCAGGUCUUUGUGUAUGGCUUUUCGAAGCCUUGUUGUAAAAUACUACGUGGAUGGGGGUCUCUCACAUCAUAGAUGUGGAAAGUAUAAUUUUAUAUUUGUAUUUUCAAAUAAAUACGUUUGUGAAAGGUUUCCAUCCUCUACUGUGGUCCAGAAAUCAAUGUGUUUGUCUGAAAAGAAAAAAAAAGAAUAAAUAAAAUAAGCUGUUUUGAA